AUGCAGACUCCUUUGAUUAUGCUCUUCGUCUCGAGCGCUGCUGCUCUGGGCAUCAACUGCCGCGGCAGUGGCUUUUGCAGCGUCAACGACGGCUCCAUGAAGACCAUCAAGGACCAAGUCGGCGUCCUCAUCGCCGACGGCGGCCGUGAUAAACGCUUCAAUGGUGGUGGCCCACAGGGAAGCACCUGUGUCUUUUAUCAAGACGGAGCUUCCGGGACGGCCAAGGAUGCCUAUGACCAGCUCCAGAAGCUGCUCGACCACGGCUGCAAUCAGUGCGGCAGCGUACCGACUCAACCCGGCAACGACGUCUCCAAGGGCCAGCUCACGGUCAACUUCGUCAAAAACUCAUGCUGCCAAGGGGACUGCCAUUGUUGA